AUGUUCAAGUGUAGCGUAGUCAUGUUCUUAAUUGGAGGAUUAGUGACUUUAAGCUUUUACAGGAACAAUAAUCAAGAAGCAAUAAAUAGCAAGGAUAAGGUUACUCUUUCUACUAUGACUACGAGUAAGAUUACGAAUGAUGAUGAAAAUAAGAAUAGAAUUACAAUUACAAAAACAAAUAAAAGAGUUUUUGAUCAUCAGAGAAGACUGAAGCUUGCACCACUCUCUUUAACGGAUACCUGUGAUUUGUUCUCCGGCAGAUGGGUUCAUGAUAACAAUAGUCAUUACCCUUUGUAUAAAGAAGACGAGUGCCCUUAUCUCCUUGGUGAUUUAGCUUGCUUAACAUAUGGCAGAAAGGAUUCUAAGUAUCAGCAAUGGAGGUUUGAUGGCAAAGCAAUAGUAGAGCGAUUAAAGGGUAAAAGGCUACUGUUUAUCGGUGACUCUGUUAACAGGAACCAAUGGGAUUCGAUGAUGUGCAUGCUCCAUUCAUCAAUCCCAGGGAAAAAGAAAGUUAGCUUGGGGGGUACUUUGAAUAAUACCUUGUACACCUUCAGAGCCAUUGACUACAAUAUCUCAAUUGACUACUACUGGGCUCCAAUGCUAGUCGAAUCUAAUGGCGAUGAUCCAUCAAACCAUCGCCUUGACCAUCGAAUUAUUCGAAUCAAAGCCAUUGAGAAACAUGCUAGGCGUUGGGUUGAUGCAGAUAUACUUGUCUUUAAUACGUAUCUUUGGUGGAAAUUACCCAUAAUAAAGUUAUUGCUGGAGGAACACGAUUACGAACAGGUCUAUUUGGUAAAAUGUGUUCAGGUACAGGUUCAGGCUAAGAAUUAUGAGAAUUUGCAGAAUCAUACUGAGGUGAAUGUGGCUCAGGUGAAACAGGUGAAGAAGGUGAAUUUGGUUCAAAUGAAUUGUCAAUAA